AUGAACGCGAUUCUUAUUUGUGGCAGCAACGUCCUCUUCGAGAAUUUGGCUGUCUUCGCCGUUUUUGGGGUUAUCAGUUAUCUCCGCCGGCGGCCUGAGCAGGGUGUGGAACUAGGAGCCAUUGUCGUGGACUUCCUCACGCUACCUGAAGCUGCUCUGCCAUUGCCUGGCACCAAUUUAUGGGCAUUUCCCCUGUUUUUCACUCUUGUUGUCUUGAGUUUUUCUGCUUUUGUAAUGUUGGAUGCAUGUGCAACUCUCCUCGUCGAUGGAGGGGUGCAAAUUCUCCCGCGCUGCCAUUGA